AUUUUACUUCAACGAAUUCCAGUUUUUGCUACUGCAGACCUUCGUUCUCAUUUUAUUGGUUACUUUGUUAUUGAUUGUCAUUUCUUGGCGUGUUUACGGCAAACGGAUUUCUGAGCGGUUUAUGAAACCAGGCAUGGAAUCUUAGACUGCAUGAAGGUAGAAGUCCCAAUCCCUGUCAGCAUUAUACCAACGUUAGCAAUCCAAGCUACUUUGGAUACAAUAGAACAGCUGAAAGAAAGUGUUUCGAAGUUAAAACUGCCUAAAGAGCACACACCGAGAAUAUAAAAUGGCGGACAAAAUUAUCAAUUUUUUUAAGAAGAAAAAGUCAGAUGUUCAGUUCAAGCGGGCAGGGCCCGGACACAGGCUAAGUGAGGCUACGUUGAGCAGUCAGAGCUCGACAUCGGUGAAGAAUGAGCCGGUGGUUAGGAGAACUGGGUUGUCGGAGGAGAGUAAGACUGCCGCUGAAGCAGCACUGGCCAGGAUGCAGAAGAAGAGCACUAACCCUGGGUUCAACACGUCUUAUGCUGCUAUACAGGCGCAGGUUAAAAAAGAGCUUGAAAACGAGAGGGCGACAACUUCUAAACCACAAGAACUGAAACCAGAUAGUGAAGCUCAAAAAGACAACACAGAGGAGCUGUUGUUACCCAAAAAUAUGGCUACGAAUGGUGUAUUUUUCAAAUGUCCAAUGAUUAACGAUGAGGUUUUAACGAAACAAGAAUGGAAAGCGAAGAUAAAAGAGUUUUUGUACGAACAGUUAGAGGAAGAGAGAGGGCUGACAGCCUGUCUCAUAAUACAGUCUUGUAACGAUAACAGAGAAAAGGUUAACACCUGCGUGGAAACGCUGUGCAAGUACCUAGAAAACAUUGUCACUUAUCCAGAAGAGGAGAAGUACCAAAAGAUCAGGAUGUCGAAUAGAGCGUUCGCAGACCGCGUGCAACCAAUAGAAGGCUCCAUGGAUCUGCUGAUGGCAGCUGGGUUUACUCAGCAGACACUUCCCAACCCGGACGGACAGGACGAACAGUACUUAGUGUUCAACAAGGACAACGUGCCUAGCGUCGAGAGUUUGAUUAGUCUAAUAGAAGCUCUCCGUUCAGCCGAGCCGGUGCCUCUCGAACUAGACCGAGGCCUGCAGGUGCUGCUGCCGUCGCAGGCCGUCGCCAAGGUGCAGCUCCCGCCUUCCUUCUACGCGCUCAAGCCCGAGGACAUCAAGCGGGAACAGCAACUGAGAACCGAGGCCAUAGAGAAGAUGCAGAUGCUGCGCACGAAGGCGAUGCGCGAGAAGGACGAGCUGCGGGAGAUGCGAAAAUACAAAUUCGCCAUCAUACGGGUUCGGUUCCCCGACGGGAUACUCUUGCAGGGCACAUUCUCCGUAUACGAACACUACAGCGAAAUCCACGACUUCGUCCAACAAAACCUAGAAUACGACUUACCUUUCAUCCUCAACACGCCCACCGGGCACAAGCUGACCCUCGAGGAGGACGCGACUAAGACCCUUAUCGACCUGCGGCUGGUACCGGCCACUGUGCUCACUUUCGCGUGGCAUCCUUCGGUUAUCGACCAGAUCAACAUUAGCCCGAAUAAGGAUGUGUUUCUGAAGCCGGAGGUUAUGGUACUUGUUAAUGAGAUAUAGGAUUGUGAUAUGAAAAUGAGGAGGCUCGGAACCGGUUUUUUAAACACCAGUAAACACCGGUUUAUUUCGGUUUUCCACCGAACUUUUAUAAGAACGCGUACGUUUUAAAAACUUUUGUAACCUAAAAAAACGGUUUAUUCGACGGGCUACGCAACUGCCGGUCGGCCUAGUGGUGUGCCGCGUAUAUAUAGACACCGAUAUAGGAAGAAACCGGUUUUUAUUGUUCUAAAGCGGUUAAUUUUCCAAGAACUGGUCUCAUAAAAACCGGUUUAAAAAUAGCGGUUUUUCGAGUGAAACCGAAAUUCAAAGGUUUUACGCUAUGUACAUGAUAACGUUUAGAAAUUUUACCGGUUUCCGAGUCUUGAUGAGGACAGACGGUAGGUACACUCAACAGAUGAGCUGGCUGCUUAGCCAACGUGCCAAUCGUUAACACUUCGUAGCGUCGUCGUCUCUGUCACUCUUCCAUAUUAGUGCGACAGUGACAGUUGACUCUCGCUUACAGUGCGUAAACGAAAACGUUGGCUACGCAUCCUGAGCAGGCGAGUUUUUCAAAGUGAUUUGAACACAACUAUUGUUUUUUUUUCUCUGAUAGCUCUAUGGUAACUAUUUUCCUAAUAUUUCCUUUGCUUUAAAGGUUGAACCCGAAUAUUAAAAGCGUGUGUAUCAUUUUAAACACCUCGCCUGCUCAGAUACUUCUGCUGUUAACGUUACACUAUUUGCCUUAAUGCCGGACACAAGUAAAUAGUAAAGACUAAAUAGUCUCCAUAAAGCAGGGCUAAGAUGGUCGGCUCUUUAUCAUUUGUCGCCAUGCCUGUCACGUUCUAACAAGUAUGUAAAUGCGAAAGUGACGGGAAUAGUGAUAGGUGAUAAAAAUAGAACCAUGCUGCCACCGCAGUCUUAUUUGUAAAUACUCGCCAAUGUAUUGAUGUAUCAAUACAUUGGUGAGCAUGUUAUCUAUGAUAAAGGCGAGAAACACAAAUGUAGAUUAUCAGUCGCUCCAAUUUUCUUGUCUUCGUCCCAGCUUAUUUUUAUGUAAAAUACGUUUUAAUUGUCAAAAUGCUACGGUUUAUAGAUCGUGUCAUUCACGAAGACGCGUGGCUUGACUCGUAUUGUCAUAUUAUUAAACGUUAGAUUUGACAAAACUGCGCGUCAUCGUGUAUGACACGAGCUAUAUCCGCACCGUGAUGUAGUGCUUUGGCACCUGCCUUUAUGGCAAAUUUAUGUCUGCAAAAGCAUUUUCGAACAUUCUUCCUUCCACUAGAUUAUGUUAUUUAAUUGUUAUUAAAUUAUUGCACCUCAUUGCUUUUUUUAUCUCUGUAUAAUAAAAUUGUACACUAAUGUGAUGUUUCGUUAUUUAUCAAAAAAUAUAGGUUUUUAGGGUUCCGUACCUAAAGGGUCAAACGGACCCUAUUACUGAGACUUCGCUGUCCGUCCGUCUGUCACCAGGCUGUAUCUCAUGAACCGUGAUAGACAGUUGAAAUUUUCACAGAUGACGUAUUUCUGUUGCCGUUAUAACAACAAAUACUAAAAAGUACGGAACCCUCGGUGGACGAGUCCGACUCGCACUUGGCCGAUUUUUUUCUGAAAUCGCUCUACGUAGGGGCAAAGAUACAUUGAUUGAGUAAGAUGCGUAAAUCUAAGGACAUUUCGUGCUUCGAAUUUGAAACUGUAUAACUCUGGUUGUCAAAAAAUGACGUCUGACAAUUCAGCAGUCCAGCGCCAUCUGUUGAAUAUCAAAAUAAGGAGCACGUUUUUUCUUAGACUUAACUCUCUAUUACAUUCAAUUCUCUUUGGUAGGAGAUAAAUUAUAUCCUCAGGGCCGGAUUUAGGGGAGGGCAACCGGGGCUACAGCCCUGGGGCCUCCACAAAAGAGGGGCCCCCACAAUAGAGACUUCGGAAAAUAAUUUGGGGCCAGGGGGGCUCCACUUCUUUAUUGCCCGAGGCCUCCAGACCUCUAAAUCCGGCAUUGUAUAUCCUGCUUGUAACAAUGAGAAUAUCAAGGUGCGGAAACACGUGUCUAUGCACUAUAAAUCCUAACCAUCGAUUAAUCAGAUUCAUAUUAGAGAUGUGCCGACUACGGUUUUGGCCGACUAGCCGACUAGCCGACUAGUCGGCAGUCAGGUGGCCGACUAGUCGGCCGACUAGUCGGCGUAGCCGACUAUGGUCUUCGCCUAAGUUCGGGCGUAAUCGGAAACGUUCGGGUCGCCUGAUUCGCUGCCGCACGUGGUUGCGUUUUCAUGUUUUGACUAGUUUUGUUUACCUUUCCGAUUCACUUGUUGCUCCGGUGUGUUAUUAUUAGAAAAACAUACAUAACGAAUCGUAAUUGUUGUUUAAAAGUUUAAAUAAACAAGUAGUGAUCUUUAUAAACAUUAUGACUAAAAGAAAAUCACGCGUGUGGACAUUUUUUGACGAUGUUGAAGAUGAUUCAAGUAAAGUGAAGUGUAAUCAAUGCCAAGUACUUAUUUCGCGAGGUGGACUGGGUAAAUCGGCAAACACUUCGAGUAUGGUGGUUUUUUUAUUUUAUUUCCUUAUUUUUUUGGAAGAUCUAGGCAGCCGACUAUUCGGCUCAUUUUGCCGACUAGUCGCCGACUAGUCGCCGACUAUAAAUGUGGCCGGAUAGUCGGCUUUCCCGACUAGUCGGCGACUAGUCGGCACAUCUCUAAUUCAUAUGGCUUUUUAAUAGAUGUAAAAUAAUUACACGUCUAUAUUAUGAAUUAGUCUAUGGUUAAUUAAAAACUCAUUUGACUGGAUAUUUAUUUUUGCAUAGCAGCCGUUAUUUUAUGGUAUUUUGUAUAUCGAGUUGUAAAUUGGUCGAAUAAAUAUUUAAAACAACGUUAUAA